AUGAAUUUUCUGAGGGACGUCAGAACUUUUUCUCAAAAAUCUCUGCGAAGAGUUGAAACAACUGUGGUGACCUCUGGGGGUCAGAAAUUCAUGGAGUGUCGCCUUGACAACGGGAAAUUCAAGUUGUCAGACACGGGAGAAAGAUGUAUGGGAUUCUGUGGUGAUUAUAAACCAGAUUUGCAGGUUGCCUGUGUGAGGCCAUGGAUAUUGCUGAGUUCACAGGAUGUUGCAGCAGAUUACGACUUGCUAGUAGAGAAUAAAGUAACGCAUAUUCUGAAUGUGGCUUCAUUAGUUGAUAACCAUUUUGAAGAUGAUUUUAUUUACUUGAAAUUAGAAAUACUAGACAUACCAGAAACUGAUAUUACAAGAUAUUUUGAUCAAUGUUUCAAGUUCAUUGAUGAAGCAAAAAGUAGCAACGGUGUGGUGCUUGUCCACUGUAAUGCCGGUGUAUCAAGAUCAGCCAGCAUCAUAAUAGGCUAUCUGAUGCAUACAGAAAAUAUCUCACUUGAGGAUUGUUUGGAAACUCUGAAAGAAAUUAGACCAGGCAUUCGGCCAAAUGCUGGAUUCAUGUCACAACUUCAAGGAUAUGAAAUUAUGAAUAAAAAGUGGUGAAGAGAUACAGUUGACAAAUUAAUAUUCUUGUUUUUUUAUCACAAGUUUCUUAUGUGGAUUUAGGGCUCAUAUUGAAUAGAUUUGCUUCAAACUUGACAUGAAAGGGGAACCUGC